ACGAUUCGUUCACGAAUCGGCCAUCAACACCGACAAAAGCGGAAGUAAAAGACACCUUGUUGUUAUGCGCUGAAAUGGCAUCAUCAUAAAGUUUUAAACUUUUUAUGGUCAUUUUGAAGGAAGAAAACCCUCUCUUUUCAGCACUUGGAACUUCCAGUUGUUGCUGCUGUGUGCUUUUGCAUGCAUCAUAAUGGAGGCUAUUUGGAAUUUGAUUUUGGCUUCAACUUUUAUAGUUGUACUUUAUGAAGGAGCGUUCUGCCAGGGUAUUCCUUCUGGUUUUGUGUUACUAAACCAACCGUACACAUUCCCCGUUAACGCCGGCGGCUGUAUUCAUGCUGAAUGGAGAAAGAUGCCAGGCACCACUAUCGCCACAUACAAAAACCAUGUGUGCAUGACUGCCAAAGGUCUUGAGGAAGACUUCACGUGUGAACACAGCCACCUGCUUCUGAUAUCAUCACAAUACACUGACCAGGGGCUCUACGAGUUCAUCUGUAAUGGGGUUAAAACUUCACUUAUUCUGGAUGUUUUAUAUGCUCUAAAUAAGAGUGUAGAAGAAACGGACAGCAUCACUCUGAACUGUUAUGAGCUCAGUGCCAAAGAUGUGACGUGGCUGCGUAACAACGAAAGAGUUUUGUACUACAAGAUGAACGGAUCUGUGAAUCCUGGCAAAGGCUUCGAGAGAAGAGCCAUGCUGGCAAACAACUGCUUCAAAACCGGCAAUUUCUCUUUGACCAUCACUCGUGUUCGCAAGGCAGAUGCUGGAUUAUACCGCUGCUUUGUGGAGAGUGAAACGGUUAAAGGAAACCCUCACGCCUAUGUGCUGCAUGUGAACGAGAAAAACUCAGAUCCAGGAGACCAGACACACUCCAGCUGCAACGAAGCAAUUCUGAUCGUGCUCACUGCAGUUUUGGGGCUCAUCUCAGUGAUAAGUGUGACAUGUUUGAUCCAAAUAAAACUACGUGAUCGUCAAUCCAUGUCCACCAGUGAGCGUGACACCACUGAGACUGACCGUAUGCCGAUACCGGCUAUGAGCACAGCUUCACCUGUCAGUGAGAGUCAGUCUGUGGUCACUCAUCCUGUUCAGGAGAGCGAGUCCAUGGGAGAAAAGCCUUCCAACACCAGGCCUAUCUUGUAGUCUGGUGAAACGAGGCCUGUGAAGAUACGGUCAGCUAGGCCUGUUUCACACUGCAAGCUGAAGAGCUUUCACAGCAUUUCUGCUGAAUAAUAAACUGCAAUCAAACAUUGAUUUACUGGAGCCAACUUUGAUUGCUGUGAACUGAAUUCACUUGAGAAGCAGGAGCACAUUUACAUCCACACAGUGAUGACUGUAAACUAUCCAUUUUAAAUAUUACUCACUCCAGCAUGAAGUUUUUCUUUACUGUAAAAGACUGUUUUAGUGGUUUUAGUGUGUUUGUGUGUGGAUGAAAGAAUGCCAACAUGUUAUUUAGCAGCAAAUUUGUUUGUCAUAUUUCCUUGCAGUCAGUGUUGUAGGCUUUGAUUAAUUUGCUGUUGCAGGGACUUAACUUAAUAUGAUAUGACAAAUCAGUCUUUGCAAUGUUCACACAGUGCAUUCAUGUCAUUGUUCCUGAUCACAUUUACAUUUAUGCAGAUGCUUUAAUCAAAAGCAACUUACAGUGCAUUCAGGU